AUGACGACCAAGGACGGAAAGCCCGAGGAGAAGGACUUCACCAUCAAGCCUUCUGCCGUCACGCCUGCCCUUGACACGAGCCAGUGGCCGCUCCUUCUCAAGAACUACGAGAAGCUUCUCGUUCGUACCGGCCACUUCACCCCGAUCCCCAAUGGCAGCUCGCCUCUGUCACGAGAUCUCAAGUCGUACAUCUCUUCUGGUGUGAUCAACCUCGACAAGCCCUCCAACCCUUCCAGUCACGAAGUCGUUGCUUGGGUCAAGCGGAUUCUCAGAUGCGAGAAGACUGGCCACAGCGGUACCCUCGACCCCAAGGUCACAGGAUGCCUGAUCGUUUGCGUUGACCGCGCCACCCGUCUCGUCAAGUCCCAGCAGGGCGCCGGAAAGGAAUAUGUUGCUGUCAUCCGCCUCCACGACAAGCUGCCCGGCGGUGCCGCGCAAUUCUCCCGUGCCCUCGAGACCCUCACCGGUGCGCUGUUCCAGCGCCCUCCCCUGAUCUCUGCCGUCAAGCGCCAGCUCCGUAUCCGUACCAUCCACGAGAGCAAGGUCAUCGAGUUCGACAACGACCGCCACCUCGGUGUCUUUUGGGUCAGCUGCGAGGCUGGUACCUACAUUCGUACUCUCUGCGUGCACAUGGGUCUGCUGCUCGGUGUCGGCGCCCACAUGCAGGAGCUGCGUCGUGUGCGCAGUGGUGCCAUGGACGAGACCAAGGAUCUGGUCACCCUCCACGACGUCCUCGACGCUCAGUGGAUGUACGACAACACCCGUGACGAGUCGUACCUGCGCAAGGUCAUCGCCCCCCUCGAGACCCUGCUCACCGGCUACAAGCGCAUUGUCGUCAAGGACAGCACUGUCAACGCCAUUUGCUACGGUGCCAAGCUCAUGAUUCCUGGCCUCCUCCGUUACGAGGCUGGCAUUGAGACCCACGAGGAGGUUGUCCUGAUGACCACCAAGGGUGAGGCUAUUGCCAUCGGUAUUGCUCAAAUGUCUACCGUGGAGAUGUCCUCGUGCGACCACGGCGUUGUUGCCAAGGUCAAGCGUUGCAUCAUGGAGCGCGACCUGUACCCCCGGAGAUGGGGUCUGGGCCCUACCGCCACGGAGAAGAAGAAGCUCAAGGCCGCCGGCAAGCUCGACAAGUUCGGCCGCCCCAACGAGCAAACCCCCGCUAAGUGGACUACCGAGUACAAGGACCUGCACGCGCCUGCUGGCGAUGCUGCGACACCUGCCGCCGCUCCUGCUGCUGAUGUCUCUAUGACUGAGGCUCCUACACCGUCCAAGCCUGUCGUCGCCGAGGCCGAGACGCCAGCUGGCGAUGACGACAAGAAGAAGCGCAAGAAGCACGACGGCGAGACCGCCGAGGAGAAGGCCGAGCGCAAGCGGAGAAAGGCCGAGAAGAAGGCUGCCAAGGCCAAGCGCGCGUCGCUCGGCGGCGGCAAGUCUGAUGACGAGUCUGACUAG